GCUGCCUCUGAGAGGAGGACUGAUGUGGGUUUGUUAUUGCUGGGCUAAGGAGGCACUUUGGAUUGUCAUGGGGCUGCAUUCAGUCCUUUUAUUCUGCGUGAUUGUCACAGGAGUGCCUAGGAGAUCGCAGGAGAAUUUGAGCCCAGAAGCUGCCUGUAUGACUGAGUGUGCUGAACACAGUGGGCUGAAUUUCCCCAAAGGAUCCAGAUAUAGCUACAGGUAUUCAACAGCCACCAAUACGUUCCUGCAGGGAAGCAUCUACAAAAGGAGUGGUAUGUCUCUGGAGAGCACAGUGAUCAUUGAAGCCCUAGGAAAGUGCCAGAUGGUCUUAAAAUUGCAAGAUGUACGGAUAAAGACAACCCUGGCAUCCAGAGAGGAGUCUCUGAAGGAAAUGGACAGUUUAAGGGAAGUACUAGAGCAGCAUCCACUUCAUUUUUCUUUCCAUGAUGGGAAAAUUCUGAAGAUCUGCCCCUGGCAACGUGAACAGGCCUGGGUGCUGAACAUCAAACGGGGCAUUCUCAGCGUUCUUCAGACAUCACCUUCAGCUGCUGGCGGUGGAACUGUUGAAGAGAUGGAUAUUCUGGGAAAAUGCCCAACCAAAUAUCAGCGGAAAGGCUCUCUUGUUUUGAAGACAAAAGACUUAAACCUCUGUUCUCACCGGUAUUCAGGUUUUAGUUCCCUGCAGUCCAUGGCUUUGCCUGAUAUGCUAUCGCAGCAGCAGAUCCUGUCCUCCAAACUGGAAUGCGCUCAGAGCUUUAAGGAUGGAAUCCUGGCAGAGGCCAAAUGCACUGAAUCCAGUCUUGUCACACCUUUCUCUAGGAAGGGCAGUGGGGCGAAGACACAGACCCAGUCCUCACUGAAACUACUUCAAGUGGCUGCAGAGAUGUUGCACAAAACAGUGGACUCCAAUGAUCUCUAUGUGAGUAAUAUGCUGUAUGAAAGGGAAGAAAAUGAGAGGCCAUCCACAGGAGAGGAGGUAGCUGAACUGGUGCGGAAGCUCUGCUUAGCACACAGCAUGAGUUUUGAGACUGCAGACCUCUUCAUAACUCUGGUGUUUGAGCUUCGAAGUCUCUCUGCUGAUGCUUUAAUAGGCCUUUGGCGUAGAUCUUCUUUUAAAUGCAGGGACAACUGGCAGCCACUAGUAGAUGCUCUCCCGUCGUGUGCUACAGAGACCUGUGUUGUACUGAUGAAAGAAAUUAUUGUUGCAAAAGAAGUGGAGGAUGACAAAAUGGAAUCUUUCCUUUGGUCGUUGUCAUUCAUUCCUGAGCCCACCACAGGCAUGGUUGACUCUCUUGCUCCUUUGCUGCAGUCACCAGGAGCAAGUCAGAGUGUCUUCCUAGGAAUAACUGCUUUGGUGCAUCACUUUUGUUCAGCGAACAGCGCCUGUGACCUUCUGCCUGCAGUACAGAUGGUGACAAGUAUUCUGGAAGGAUACUUGGGAGGAAACUGUACCUUGCAAGAAUCAGGACUCAGCCAGCUGCAGCUAGUGUUAAAAGCAAUUGGAAAUGCAGGGCUGGCAGCAACAUCUCUAACACCUAUCCUGAGUUCUUGCGCAUCCCUGAGAAGCAAUCCCACUGAAAUCCGCCUGGCUGCCAUACAGGCCUUCAGACGCAUUCCCUGUACUGCCAAUCGUACUGUAUUAGUCCGUUUAUAUCAAGCAGCAGAUGAUGAUGUAGAAAUAAGAAUUGCUUCAUAUUAUAUAGCAAUGAAAUGUCCGAGUGGAGAGCUGUUUAAUCAAGUACAACAGACUUUGCAGGAGGAGACAUCCAGCCAAGUGGGUUCUUUUGUUUGGAGUCACCUCUCUCAGCUCCUGGAGACAGAUGAUCCCCUGAAGCAAUAUCUUAGAGAUUCUCUUCCUGAUGACAUUCUCAGCAGAGAGUUUGACUGGGAGAUAUGGAAAUAUUCCUCGUAUUCAGAUGUCACUUUCCAUUCAGCAACUGCAGGUGCUAAUGUGGAGGCAGCACUCGUCUUUUCUCCUGCAUCUUUCAUCCCACGAUCAACAAUGACAAACUUGACUAUAUACACCCUAGGGCGGGCUAUAAAUCUACUGGAGUUUAAUAUACGGUUAGAGAAUGCAGAAGAUCUCAUGCAGAAGAUGGUUGGCCAGCACUCUGCUACUUUUAGUGAAUACUUGUUUACAAAUACUGAUGAAAGAAACUCCAAGUCAGAAAAUCCGGUGGAGGCAGCUGGAAAAUCCAAACAAAAGAAGCUGACUUCAAAGAGAGACAGCCGUGGACAUCGUCUUGUGACCAAAGGUGCCAAGCCCAAGUUAAGAAACGCAAAGCAGAGCUGUCCAGGUGGAAAGUACAAUAAGAUGAGUGAGUUAGUGAAAAAGUUUACUGAAAGGAUGGGGAAAAAGAAGGAGCUGAAAUGCGAACUGAGCAUCAAGAUUUUUGGAAAUGAACUCAGCUUUUUGGACUGCGAGGAUAUAAAGAAGCAAGUGAAACAUUAUUCCCUGAACCUAGCGGAGCUAGCUGUCAAGCUUCUAAAGGGACAAGAGGUCCAGUUUAAUAAAAGACUGAGUCUGGCUACCGAAGAAUUGUUUUUUCCAUCAAUUUCAGGCUUUCAGGUUAGACUGGCUUUAAAUGCAUCUGCAGCAACCAAUGUAAAAAUCAAAGGGAAUGUGGAUUUCAAACAACGAUCAAAUUUUUUCAUAAAUGGAUAUAUCAAGCCAAGUGCUUUGAUCCAGAUUUCUGCCCAAAUGGGAAUUGUGGGGAAUUUGGGAAGAGCUGGCUUGAAUUGGGUAACAGGACUGAAGACAUCAACCAGCCUUGAUGGAGGAAUCCAGGUGAAAAAAGGACAAGAACUUAAAGUUUUCUUGAACACCCCUGAAGAAUCAAUGGAGAUAAUCGAUUUCAGCUCCAAAUUUUACCUGACAACAAUGGAUGGGAUGGAAAAUAUUGAAGGUUUCCAAGACCAUAUAGAAACCAAAUCCUGUACUAGUGAGGAAGUGUCCAAGAUUUUUGGCUGGCAGUUGUGUUCUGAAAUGUCUUACCCUGGCAAAACCAGUAGCUUGCCUUUCCCAUUCUCUGGACCAGCAAAAGCAACUAUGACAUUAAAGAAGCAAGACAGAGGUUUGCAACUGUACCUGAUGGAAGCUGCCUAUAACUAUACUCCUCAGGAGGAUUCUUGGAUUCCAAGUGAAGUUGUCCUUCAUUUCUUUAUCGGGACGCCAAAGUCAGACCUGAAAAGGGAUGUUGGGGUUGACCUCAAUUUUAAUGUCCCACAGAAAAAAUUCAGAAUCAAAUUUAUACAGCCAAAGAAAAAAAUCCAAGUUGAUGGAAAACUUGAGUUAUCUAAGAAGUCACGAGUUGGACACCUGGAGCUGAUACUAGAUGACAAGGAUGUCUAUUACAUUAAGGGAAUGACGGGUUUGCAAACAGUGAGUGGAGAGCAGAGAUACACAGCCCAGCUGGAAGCAAAGCUGAUAAAGCAGGGCAGCCCAAUCAUUCUGUCAGGAAACAUCACUAAGCAACUUGGCAAGAAAAUGGCUUUUUCAGUGUCCCUGCAUAAUUUAUUGAAGGAUGCAGCAUUUCUUUCAGUAUUUCUGGAGAAAAAGGUUGACGAUAAACUGAGGCAGUACUCACUUGAAGGGGAGACCUACUUUCCAGGUGUUCUUGGAUCUCAGACCGUUGGCCUGCUGCAGCAACGGGGGAGCCUGUGGUCUAAUGCUCUGAGAAUAAAAUAUGGACUUCUAGGAGAUGCGAAAAAUCUUCGGCAUGAAUGUAAUGCAGGACAGAAAAUUAAAGUGGAGACCAGCUCAAAUGAAGCAUACAAAUUGGAUAUGGGACAUGAGCUUCACUGUACACAGACUCCAUCCUAUAACCACAAGGUUCAUUUGCUGCACGAAGCGAGUACAUCUCGGCUCUACUCCCAUCUGGAAGUCAACUAUGGCAAACACUGGGAUGAAAUCAACAACAAGAGGAAGCUACUGGUCAGCCAGACAUUUAAAAAUAGUUCAAGUCCAUCUCAGGUCAACUACUUCAUGGAGUUUACCAUGCAAGUCCCAGAAAAGCAGGUGAAUUACAGAACUCAGCUGCAGCACUCACGUACCUCUCAGGGCCAUUCGGAGAGUAGCACCAACUUUAAGGUGCAGUAUAAUGACUGCAUGCCAUUUGUGGCAGGACUGCAAUGGAAAAAUACAUCCAGAAAUUACCUUAGGAAGUGGGAAGGUACAUUAAACAUGGAUACCCCGUGGCUAUAUCUAUAUGUGACUCACAAACUACACCAACCUGAGCGAUCUGCUUAUCUGUCUACAAUGGAGCUAACAGCUGGGAAAGCCCUUUCCAUCAAGAACUUGGUGGUGGAAAUCUUUUGUAAAGACAAAGGCAAUGAAAAAGAGGGGAAAAUUCACAUCUAUACACCAACUACUACCUACCUGCGGGCAUCCACAGUCAAUCACCUUGAGAGGAAUGUUCUGCAUAGCUACAGUGAAGUAGUAUCAAUGUGGAACCAGCUCUUGAGGACUGAGAUUCAUUUGGAGAAUAGCGAGCGAGCCAAGUUUCUUUGCUUUAAGAUAAAGAGUACAAAGCAAGAAUUUAAUUUGUCAGCUGACUAUUUACACCUGCAGAGGCCUAAAAAGAUUAACCUCUCCAUGAAGGCUCUAUGGACAGACCACAAGAGUCUGCCAGUUGUGAUGCAGCUUGAGGGUCAGAUAGAAGAGCUGAAGAAAGAUAAGAUGUUCUACCAGAAACGUGGAACCAUCCAUAUCAGACAUCCUUUUAAACUGCCCAUUCCCCAGAGCUUCCUUCUCCAGGAGACAUUUACUGCAGACAAAAAGCAAAAAUACUACUACUUGGAAACUAAAAUUUUGAUUAAUGGGCUGGAUGAAUCAGUUCAAACCUUUACACUUGGCUACCAAGCUGAACAUCCCUAUAUGUGUGCUGGCUUAGUGCAUCCUUAUAACAGCAAGAUUUUCCCCCAAAAUGUAGAACUAUGUGCCUUAACCCGAGGACACCAAAGUGCAAAGCAUGAGAUUGAAGCUAUUCUGAGAGUCAAUAAGAAAGAUGCCAUCAGGCUUCUGGGCAAGUACCUCAACAAAUCCAGUGAGACGGAUUUCAGACAUCUCUUACACAUGGACAUGACUCACUCAUUCCAGCUCCAGUUUCCACAAGCACUGGCCCUGAAUGGAGAACUGUUUUCCGCACAAACCAAAGUGGAAGUCUUUGACUAUGGUGUGAAUAUAAAAGCCACCAUCAACAAAAAUGAUUCUUCACAGUUCAUUGCUCAACUAAAUGGAUCAAAUAUUCACUUUGGAUUUUCUUCCCAGUUUACUCAUCCAUAUCAGUCAAAAUUCCCCCAAAGUUUUCAGGCCCAUGCAGCUGUUAAGAGUUAUGGUGAGAACAGUCUCAAUGGAUCACUUUACCUUCAUUCCAGUGGAAAGGAUCUAGCGCUGCUGGAAGUUGAUAUGAGCAAGGAGACCAGAAAGAACAGCAGGAUUAUUGGAGUGAGGGCUCUCCUGCAUCAGGCAAUUUUGACAGAACCAGAGUCUGUACAGCUGCAGCUAAUGGGCAAAGCAUCUCCAUCAAGACUUCUAUUAUCUUCUGAGCUGAAGCUAAAUGAGAACAGACUUCAUCUAGUUUUUUUGGGAGCGAUGGAGCAGAAAGUUGGUCUUCUCCUGUCCCUGAAUGGGAAAGUCCAACACAACAUUGGAGGCUUGAAGAUCAUACCACAGCUCUUUUCUCUGAAUGGAUCUCUGAAGCGCAAGAACAACAUUCAUGAAGGUAACAUUAGUGUGAUGAUCAACAAGGCACUAUAUGGGCUGCAUCUCAGGAACAGAAAUGUAUUUGGGAAUAUCAGCCUGCACAAUGUCACUUUCACAUUGACUCAGAACGGAAGCCAGGCAAUCCCAAUGGAAGCAAAGUUAAAAGGACACCUGGAGCUCAAUAAAGGAAUCAAAAGGGGUCUAGCCAGCUUCCAGGUGGAUGAGCAAGCUCUCUAUGUAGAUGUUUCCAAUGUCAUGAAUCAGGGACACAGAGGAAUUGCUGGGACUCUCAUACAUAACUUCACCUCUUUAAAAAAUGCAGGAUUUCCUAUAGAUGGCACUAUCACUGCCAUGUACGACCAUGUCAUUGCCAACCACACUGUUACUAUGGCCUUACAGAGUGGCAGCGAAAGGAUUGAUGCUGCAUUUGGAGUUGAGAGACUGUCCUUAGGAGAUUCGAAGUCCCAAAUAACUGCAAGUUUGAAGCACAAUAUCACAAAGCUAAAGAAACACGGGAUCCCUUUUACUGUAGAAGGUGCCUGCUAUUACCAGAACUUCAGCAAGAGGAUAGCUGCUGGGGUAACAACCAGGGUGGAGAAGGAACACUUCAAGGUGGGAGUGGAGAAGAAAAGCACCAGCAGUACUGUGAAAAUUGCCCUUUCAUUCCACCAUGACCUGGGAGGACUGCUUAACAUUGUCCCACCAGUGGUACAGGUCAAUUGCAACGGAGAAUCUACCACUAAUCAGCUUUCUGGUCAUUGCAGUGGAGAGGUUGCCAGCUGUUUAUCUGAGACACCAGCAAGAAUUUCACUUAAUGGGUCAGUGUUCACCAGCGACUCUAUGGCCAACUUCAUUGGAUAUGUUUCUUCUGAUGACGCCUUCAUCCGCAUGCACCUCCAUGCCACCUGUGGCCUCCAGCACAGUGUGGGGAUUGGCUUCAAGCAUUCCUUGCCUCAGCUUCAGUCUCUGGGCAUAGCCAAAGAGAACCAACUGAAGAUGUCAGCGGUAAGAGGAGACAAGUAUAAUGGCCUGCUGGAUAUUGUCCUUGGACAGUGCACUUUCAAAGCAGAUGGAGAAGUGAGACCAGAAAGCAAUGAAACAGAUAUAGAAUGGAUUGUUACUCUGAUGAAUUCGUGUGUCACCCUUCAGAAGGUGGGAUUACCUCAGAUUCUAGUCACUGGGGGCUCAUUCAUUGUCAACACCUGCAAUAUUAGUUUAACAAUAAACCUCCAGUGCGAUGGCAAAACAACUGAUGUGCAAAUAGAUAGCUCCUGCGGACACAAACACGCUUUCCAAGGAAUGUUGAGGCACUCAGUCCCCCAGCUCAGUGACAUAGGGCUGCCUGCUGAAAACUCCAUCCUACUUUCUGCAGCUAAAGGAUCCACCAUUGAAGGCAUUUUGUUGCUACAGGCUGGUGAAUGCAAGCUCAAGGCUAGAGGAGAUCUACAGACCCAGAAUAAAACUGAAUGGACAUUGGAGACAGAAACAGAAUGUCAGCUUCUGCAGGAUCUCAAUAUCCCGGUUCAGUCGCAGCUCAUUGGAUCUAUUCAGAGGGAUGGCUGCCAAGCAGAACUUCUCUGUACCCUCAAAACAGAUGGCAAGACUGCCCAUCUGAAAGUGAGAACAGAGUGCCAGCCAAAGGUCACAGUGGAAAUUGAAUUCAGUCAUGAACUGCCUCAGCUGAAGGAAAUACCAGGAGAAAACAAGUUGUCCAUCAUGGCAGGAAAAGAGUUAAAAUAUAGUAUUCACAUAGAAUUGAAAUCAGGCUCUUGUGAACUUCAAGCCAAUGGGGACCUUCAAGUGGAAAACAAACUUCAGUGGAAAAUGCUUAUGGAGACCAAAUGCAAAACAAUGCAGGAGCUUGGAACACCAAUAAAAAUUGAUGGAUCAGGCUACAUCCUGAUAGAUAGAAUGAACCUCGAUUCACAAAUGCUAAUAAUUGUUGAUGAAAGUACAUUACAGGGCCUUCUUAUACUAAAAGCCACUAACGACAAACAAGAGCUGGAUGGCCUGAUAACUCAUAAUAUCCAAGGAGCCGUUGACCUUGGCAUUCCUGCAAGAACAUUAGUGGAUGUGACUUCAGAAAAAAAUGGUGACCUCUAUAAAAGAUUCAUUCAGUUUAGUGUGGACGGCAAACAAAUUACAGAAGAAUUGAGCUUUAUUCGGAAGCGGGACCAUGUGUCUAUUAACUACAAGCUCACACAUAAUGUAGAGGCGCUGAAGGCACUGAGAAUAGAAGACAGGAUUGAGUUGCAGGCUACCAUUGACCUGAAGGAUAGCAAGAGUUUCUGUAUCAAAACACUCUAUGGUUCUUGCCUGAUGGUUCUGGGAGGACAAAUCCAAAAGACUGAGGCAAGAACUGACUUGACUGGGAAUUUCCAGCACAAUUGGCCAUGGCUGACACAACUUGGAGUCUCAGCAUCGAUCCAGAUGGUUGUAUACCUUCAAAGAUUAAAUUCUGCUCAAGAGAGACGUAUGCAAAUUAUGGCUGGACAAACAUCAGUCACGUACACAGUUAACUCUCGUCAUGUUGGCCAGCAAAUGGAAAUUUUCUGCCAAAGUGUACAUAACAGUGAGGCACUACUGACAUUUGGCUACCCUAAGGCGACCAAUCUGACUCUUGUGUUACAAAAACUAGAAAACAAAGCCAAGGCAUCCUUUGAAAUUCAAUAUGAUGAGAAAUAUAUCACUCUGAAUAUGGAUGUUGUUACUGACUUUGAACUGUAUGAUACGUUUGAACUGAUGGCAGAGGUAAAACAUUCAAUAACUGGUCUCAAGCAUCUGGGACUGCCCUUCAUGAUUAAGAUAGCAUUCCUCGAAGUCCUGACUGCAAAUGAAAUUGAAGGCUCUCUGAAGUUGACCUGUGAAACAAACACAAACCUCUUAGUCACCAUCACUGUGAAAAAUGAACAGCAAAGUGAAGAACUGAAUAUAAAAGCCCUACAGAAUGCCCCCUUCCUUCUUCAGUACUUCCCCAGCACAGCUGAACUUUCUUCAAAGGUAAAUUACUCCAUGAGGGAAGCAGAAGCCAGGUUCUCUAUCAGAAUGGAGAAAAAGGAUUUCCAUCUUACAACUAAGUUAACUUUCACUGGGACCAGCUACAGAAAAGUAAUUGAAAUGAUGCACACAAUGCCCCAGUUAAAAAUUCUUCCAAGGCAGCUUGUGUUCAUGACGGUUUACCAAAAAAGUAACAGAACUCAUUUGUUGAGACACAUUGUGCUGUGGAACGGCAAGGAGGUAAAAGUAACAGGCACUUACACUGGACUCUUCCCAAAGUUAUCUGGAGGUCAUGACAUUAAGGUGGAGUUUUUCCAUCCUCUCUCCAUCCCUUUUCCCUGGCAUUCCAAGGUCCACGUGUAUGUGGAGCAUUCAACACGCAAUCAUCAGGAUGACAUUACCAUUGGUUGGAACAACAAGGACCAGGUAUUAAUUUCAUCAUCCCUGAAAUUUGGAAAAGAGCAUGUAAAGUACCGAGCCACUGUUGUGCAGCCGUUUAAUUUCACCUUGAGGCAAUUGGAGGUCAGUUCCCUGUCUGAAAGAAAAGGUGGAAAGUACAACCAGCAGAUACAGCUCACUUGGAAUGGUGGGCAGCCUGCUGACUUCAAAAUUACUUUGGAAGAUAAAUCUAAGUUCAACAUCACCCUUUGGGAUGCUUGUGUGGCAAUUUCUUCAGAUCAGCUUCAGAAAGUACUAACUGUAGGAAGUCUUCAGGCAUGUGUGUCUAUAAAACAAACAACAGUCUUGUUUACUGAAUAUCUAGAUCUGAACUGGGAUGGAAAAAAAAUCUCACAGAAUUUGACAUAUGAGAGAAACAGACCAUUGUAUCCAGAUAAAAUUCAGUUAGAAGCCACUUUGGAAAAUGUUUUUCUGACCUCGUGCAGCAGGCAACAUAUUCUAGGUAAAAUAGAAACAGACUUCUCAACUUGGUUGGAUAAUUACAUGAGUCUUGCACUGUGUGACCUUCCAAAUGUAAUUAUUCUCUCUGGAAGGCAUCAGCUCAACAGAGGAGAUGUCAUCCUGCAGUCAGAAGGCAGACUCCACCAUACUGGUGAUGUCAGAGAUGAUGGGGUGCUCACAAUAGCCUUAAAGAAUAACAGCACAGCUAAAGUGAAGAAAUAUUUGAUGGAAUUUGAACUAAAAGCAUCUGAGGAUAUUUGGCUAGGCCUGACAGGAACUGCUACUUCCUCAGCUGUUCAAAGCCACGUCUUGAUGGAGGGAAAUAUUGAUCCAAAAGAGAAAGUAAAAGUAACUGCUUCUAAAGGAAAGGAGUGUCAUCAGUAUUACAUGGGCUAUGUAAAGGGGGCCUUGGAGGAAGGAGUAGAGCUCACUGCAUGUACUGAUGGACAACAGAUGGCUACCAUUAAUGCUUAUCUCAGUGUUAAUGGCAUAAGGCAAGAAAGGAUGGGACAAUUGAUCCUCACUGCUGUUAACCAGAGCUUGAGUUUGGUGGCUCAUGGUUGUGGAGAUCCAGUAGUUAAAGUUGAGAAUAAACUUAACGAAAUUGGGUCCCACCUUAAAGCCAAACUCAUGGAGAAGAUCAAGAAGUUUGAUGAAUCUGUUUUGAAAUUCAGGAGAUCAGUGCAGCAAAUUGAUUUCCUGUAUGAAGCAGCUGGUUGGCCUUUGAAAGCCUCCCAAGAGGUUGCUGGAAUCCUCCAAAAUGGGGGGAAAGCUGUCACUCAGAUGUGGAAGCAGAGUGGAAUCAGGCAAACCUUGAGGAAUAACCUCCCACUUUACUUGGAAAAAAUUCAAGACACUGUCCAACAAAUGCAAAAUGAACUGCAAAAGCCAUUAGCAACACUGAAGGAUGCCUACUAUGAUGUGACUUUGAAGCCACUGGAUGAAGUUUGGCAAGAGAAAACAGAGGCAUAUAUGAAGAAAAUCCAGGAUUUUGUGCCCAGUAUUGUAAAGGAUGUAUGGUUAAUGGAACCAAUCCAGGUGACAUUAAGAGCCAUGAAAACAGGCUUGGAUAUGGCAACACACCAGAUGCUGAGGUGGGCAGAAGCCAAGUUUUCCAGAGCUGUGAGCAAGAUCCGAAAGCCUUUAUCAAACCUGUACAGUUUUUCAGCCAGGAACUGUUCAGUGGCAGUGAAACUACCAAUGCUGCCUAAAGGAGACCACUCUGUGGACCUGGCAAACAUCACUAACUACCUCAUUGAAGAAAAGCUAAUGAGGCCCCUCUGGGACCUCUACAACAUCAACCCAGUAGCUGAGUAUUAUAGAAUCAAACAGAGGAUGAUGGAGAGUCCCUUUGAAUAUCAUGCUGUGCUGAUGGGCAACAAGCAUUUUAGGACUUUUGAUGGAAGAAUAUAUGAUCUGACAUCAAAGUGCAGUGUGCUUCUUGCCAAGGAUUUUGUUCACAAUACCUUUACCAUAGUGCUGAACCAGGAGAGUAGUGGUUUAAGAUCAUUUCACGUGGAGAUGAACCAGACUACCAUUGAUAUUUACCCAGGACUGAAGACAUACAAGAUGUACAAUUUUUCCCUGAUGGAAGAGAACUGCCUCAGUCUGGAUCACUCCCUUGAAAAGAACGGCAUCACCAUGAGAAAAGAAGCUAACAGAAUAGAAGUAUUGAAUGAAAAUGGAAUUUCUGUCUCCUGUGACUUUCACUAUGAUCUCUGUACUGUUACCUUGGAUGGAUGGCAUCAUGGUGUAUCAGCUGGUCUUUUUGGUACCAAUGAUAACGAAGCUGGAAAUGAAUGGAUGUUUCCCAAUCACUCUUACACUGGUAGUGUGCAGGAAUUCACACGGAGCUGGCAGGUGAGCAGUCACUGCAGCUAUGUACAGAAGAAGGUGAAACCGUGUUCCAUCACAGCUAAGCAAAACGUUUGUAAAGUGUUUUUUCAAGAACCCCACUCUCUUCUUAGGAACUGUUUCAAAGUUGUGGACCCCGAACCAUUCUACAGCAUGUGCGUGUAUGAUGCUUGUGACUCCAGUGAGUUGAAAGCUGCCUGCAACUUGGCAGCUGCAUUUGUCCACUUGUGCAGCAGAAAUUUUGUCCCUUUGGAAAUUCCUUCUCAAUGUGAAUAAGUACAGCAUGGGCAAGAGCAGCACAAGUUUCCCCACAUUGCCCCAUAAAUGUGCUACAGCUGUGUCUUGGAGGGACUACUCCA